GAAAAAUUAGCCUAGUUUAAGACCUGGAGCAGUUUCGAUUACAGCGGUGGUAAGCCACCAGAUCCGAUUGCAAUACCUCAGUUGAAUAACUCAAGGCCGACAUUGCAUCUCAAAAAAGCCCAACGAACGAGAUCUGACGAUGAUUCUGGAAGGCACAACACUGAAACCUGUUUAUUUUUUCUUGUGUCACGAAUUGUCGUCCCUAAUCAAGUGUUCACAGAUAAUGUGCAAUAAUGGAUAUCGAUCAGCUUAUGAACCUGAGAAUGGAUUCAUCAGGUUUGAUGGGGCAUACAGAAUUGAGAAAUGCUGGAGGAAAUCUGGAAUUCAAGGACGUGAUGUCUGGCGGUAUCUUUUUGUUCGUUGUGAUAAUUAUCCUGCUGCUUGGACAAGCGAUAAAUAUGGAGACCGUCCAAGGCCUUUGCCUAUUGAGCUGCAACGUGGAACUGAUGUUGUAGAAAGGAAGGGACCCCCUUAUUGGGAUUAUGAUGUAUGA